AUGAAGUACGACGCGGAUGAUUCGCCCGCCUUCGUCGCCUCUGCCUCUCAAUAUGCGCCGUACAGCUCUGCUAUGAGUUCUGUGGCCUCCAUCUCUACAACAUCUGUAUGGUCUGAUACCGCUUCCCAAUCGUCCGACGACUCCUCUAUAUCUGCCAACACGUCCGAUUCCGACUCGUGUGACACGUUUUGUCGCUCCAAACGUGCCGCUACAAGUACCCAAAGUCUUGUCAACCACCGCCGCUCACUCCACCAGCGCGAUGCAGAGGCCGUCCCGGCGGAGUUGCGACAAAACCCCAGACGUACCGCCGCGGGCUGCCGUACGGCCCGAGGAGGUUGCCCUCCUGCUCUAGUGCGACAGUCGGAUCGCAAGGUCAACUUUGUUGACAGCCUUGUUGCCCUUUCCGCAGAUUCUUCCACCCAGAUCGUAGAAGCGAUCUGGCCCCUGUCCUCGGUUGUAUGCCGUAGUGAGCUCGGCAGCAAAGCUGUCUUGCCUCUGCGCACGUUCAUCCAAGAAACACUUCGGCGCUCACGUACCAGCUACUCCACGCUGCAGGUAGCCCUGUACUACCUUAUUCUUAUCAAGCCUCACGUCCCGAAGCACAACUUCACUACCGAGCAGCCCCACGACAGACACGUGGAUCGUGCUCUGCAGUGUGGCCGUCGUAUGUUUCUUGCAGCUCUCAUUCUUGCCUCGAAGUAUCUUCAGGACCGCAACUACUCGGCUCGUGCUUGGAGCAAGAUUUCUGGGCUUAACACCCAAGAGAUAAAUCAGAAUGAGAUUGCAUUCCUUCUUGCCGUCAACUGGCAAUUGCACAUCACGGAUGAGGUUUUCCAGCGCUGGACCGAGAUUGUCCUCAAAUACACGCCGCCUCCUUCACCCCCUUCGCCCGGUGCCGGGUCUCAUACAUAUGCUCAGCAGUCCGCCGACUGGAAGCAACUCAUUCUGAGACUUGAGCCUGAGCUCACCAACGUUGAUGGGCUCAUUCCAACGACUCCCGUCAGCGCCACGGCUAGCGACUUGUGUGCUCUCUCCCCCCGAAGCAUUCUCAACCUCCCUCAGGAGGCCCGCAGCCCGGCUGCUCUUGACAGCCUCACUAUUACUCCGACCCCAAAGAUGUCCAACACACCGGCCGUCAUGGAGCCCUCAUCUAGCAGCGUGUACACUCCUGGUCGGUUGGCACCAGCUCUGACUCUUUUGCCCACACCACGCCUUACUCCGCAGACCAGCGGAUUCUGCACUCCUGCAGUGAGUGUUGCAUCCCAACUUCUCGGAAAAAGCAAUGCAAUGGGUCUUGCCAUGGCCCACGCCAAUACCGUCAGCGCCGCACAGACAGCUCUCGAUCGCUUCCCCUACUCUGUUACUUCGUCGCCGCAAGGGUACUGCCCAGCUCGUCGAUCGUCUCUCGCCAACUCAGUGUCAACCGCCUCGUCCCCCGAGUCCAUGGUUUCGGAUUCUUCACGAUCCUCUCGCUCCUCGUCCAUCUCCUCCGCUUCUAGCCUCGCUAGCGCGACCCUCUACAACGGCACUGGCCGUUGCAGUGUGCCGUCGCGAUUCCGGGCAGCGAAGCUCUGGAAUGACCGGGUGAGCUCGAAACCCUCUGUCCCCUCCGUCCCCGAGGAUUAUGAUGAGCACUGCCUGGCCUCCUCACCCGAGUCCUACAUUGAUCCAGAGACUGCCAAACUCGGUGAUCUAUGUCUCGACACUCCCCUGGCAAGACGCGAGCGAGAGCUCGACGAGAUGGCCCGUGAUCCUGCAUCGGAUGCUGCAAGGGCUUUACAGGAUCUUCACAACCACGAUGUGUCUGCGGACGCUACGCCCACCACAGCCAAGGUUGGCUCUAAGCGAAGUCGUGCGCCUUCCAUUGACGAUUCUCUGCAGGAAAAUGUUCGCGGUAUCCUUAGCUGCCGCUAUGAGUCUCCCAAAUCCUCAUGGCCCGACACCCUUGUGCGCUCCCGUGGCAUCGCUUCGGAGUCGUACCUGCAGGUUCCCGUCCACCCCACCUUUGGACGCAACGCAAAGCGAGUGUGCUGCUCUGCAGAAGCUGCUACUGGCUAUCAGACUGCUAGCGUUCACCCCGCCAUCAGUCUGCGAGGACCUGGCAUAUGGGAUGGUAUUCUUAACUGA